AUCCUGAAAGCCAUUUUGGAAAACUGAGCGUGUAGUAAAGCGUGUUGUGGUAAAUUUAAAACUGUGGGAGAUACAGUGAGUGAAGCUGUCUAAACUCAGUUGAAUGGAUAUGUCUCCUCCCUGAAACAACACAGAAGUCAUUCAGACAUGGACGAACAUCUAACAGAGGGCUACAGUGAGCCCUGUAAGCAGUGUGGAGCUGUGUCCUGGGCGCUCUCAGAUGGGUGUCAGUUCUUCUGCAGGAACUGCCACAAUGUGAUCGAGAAAACACAAGAUGUUGUGGAUGUAUCCUCAUUUAUUCUAAACAAUAAAAUAUCCUCCAUAUCAUCAAGCUCACGCAAGAAAACGAGAAGAGAAGGUGGACGAGAGUGGAUGGUAUGUGAAGGAUUUCAGUUCAUCCUAAAACUUCAGGCAGAAGCUUUGGUUGGUCUGGGUGUGUGCCCACAGUUUAAGACAGAUGUGCUCUGGGAUUUCUGGAAGCGAUACCUUCAGAUAACCAGGCAGGCUUACACAAGAUCACCAGUGAACAGUUUUACAAAUACAGUGUACCUAUCCUCUGAGAGUGAGCCGGAGUCUGCAUUUCUAAGUGAAGCAUCAGAUCAGACAGAGCCUAUGUCAGCCUCAGGACAUUCCACUGAUGGGAGAUCUUCAGUGUGUUCAGGCUCUCUGGAUGCCGCAUGCUACCUCAGUGCAAAGGAGAGGAGGAGUCGCCAACUCAUGAACAUGCCCCGGACGCUGGCGCUGUGCCAUCUGGCCCUGCUUUGGCUUCGGGAGGCCAUCACACUGGCAGAUUUGCUCAGGUUAGUGUCCAGGAGGCUCAUUCCUUACAUUAACGUCUAUGAGGAGUUCCCGGAAGAGAUGCAGUUUUAUGGCAGGGAUGCCAUAAUCUUUAGAGUGGAGACCAUCCCCUCGUACAGAAAGGUCCAUGGUGAGGCCCUGCAGAUGGCUGAGAUUCUGCAACUCCCUGCUUUCCCUCCUGUGACCUCUGACUGCCUCCUGAACCCGGCUCUACUCAGCCUCCGGUACCUGAUGGAAGUUAACCUGCCUGAUGAACUCCAUUCAUUGGUGUGCAGAGUAAUAGAAAAAUCAGCCAUGGGAAAAGAAUCGUUUCUGACUUUUAACCCUUCUAAGCCAAAGUCUACGUUCCUGUUCUAUGACCUUCAAGCAGCAGCACUCAUCAUUGUGACCAUGAAGCUUCUCUUUAAGCUGGACGAUCACGUGGAGUGGACAUUAUCAAGGAAAGCAGUGAAAAAAGACGACCAAGGCAAGAAGAAAACUUCCAAGCAAGGCAGCAAGAUGUUUAGUUUGAAAGCAUGGUAUAUGACUGUGCAUCCUGCUCUAGAGCGCGCCAGACAGAGAGAAGAGCUUUUUGAGGCUAGGCGACCAUGGAAGUCCAAGAAGGUGCUCAUUCCAGCAAUGAAGCACAAGGCUGUGGUGCUAAAAAGACGACGUGUGGUUGAGCAGCUGCAGAGCAGUUUCCACACAUUAACUGGCUCUGUUCCAGAGCAGCAGUCUUCCUCCCCGUCCAGCUUCCAGUUCCUCUGGGGACAGGAAGAGGAUUCAGACGGACCCAGCCUCCACCACAAGCGCCUCAACUGCAUGCUGGAGAAACGUGGAAAAGAAAAGUGGCUUGUCAACCAAGCGUACUGGCACACUGACCUGAAGCGCUGCCACAAAAAAGAUUGUCGGGACCAUUACUCUGAGCUGAAGCACAGUUUACCCAGGAUGUACGUGUGGCUGCUGGGACUUUUCUCUUUCCUUCUGAGGGUCAGUGAGGCCCAGGUACAUAAGGAAGUUGUUGAGGUAGAGCGACGCUUGCUGCUGAGGAAAGCUGUGCCUGAAGAAGAUAACCAUAAACACAGAAAGAGAAAGGGGAGAAAAACAUCAUCAAGCUUUUGA